CGAAAGGAAUGGAAAAUGGCGGCCUAGGCGCGGAGUUUCCUGCCCGGCCAGCGGCGGCGGCUCUCGGCAGCGAGCGCCCCUGGGGUGCCGGGACCCGCGCGGCACCAUGACGCGCUGGGUGCCCACCAAGAGAGAGGAGAAAUACGGCGUGGCUUUUUAUAACUAUGACGCCAGGGGAGCCGAUGAGCUUUCUCUACAGAUAGGUGACACGGUGCACAUCUUGGAAACAUAUGAAGGGUGGUACCGAGGCUACACCUUAAGAAAAAAAUCUAAGAAGGGUAUAUUUCCUGCUUCAUACAUUCAUCUUAAAGAAGCAAUAGUUGAAGGAAAAGGGCAACAUGAAACGGUCAUUCCAAGUGACCUCCCACUCAUCCAGGAAGUCACCACGACACUCCGGGAGUGGUCCACCAUCUGGAGGCAGCUCUACGUGCAAGAUAAUAGGGAGAUGUUUCAAAGUGUGCGGAACAUGAUCUAUGACCUUAUUGAAUGGAGGUCGCAGAUUCUUUCUGGAACUCUGCCCCAGGAUGAGCUCAAAGAACUGAAGAAGAAGAUCACUGCCAAAAUUGAUUAUGGAAACAGAAUUCUUGAUUUGGACCUGGUGGUGAGGGAUGAAGAUGGCAACAUUUUGGAUCCAGAGCUAACCAGCACAAUCAGUCUCUUCAGAGCUCACGAAAUAGCUUCUAAGCAAGUGGAAGAAAGAUUACAAGAAGAGAAGUCUCAAAAGCAGAACAUAGAUAUUAACAGACAAGCCAAGUUUGCUGCCACCCCUUCUUUUGCCUUGUUUGUCAACCUCAAAAACGUGGUUUGUAAAAUAGGAGAAGAUGCUGAAGUGCUCAUGUCUCUCUAUGACCCCGUGGAAUCCAAAUUCAUCAGUGAAAACUACCUGGUUCGCUGGUCAAGUUCAGGAUUACCUAAAGAUAUAGACAGAUUACAUAAUUUGCGAGCUGUUUUUACGGACCUUGGAAGCAAAGACCUGAAAAGGGAGAAAAUCAGUUUUGUCUGUCAGAUCGUCCGCGUCGGGCGUAUGGAGCUGAGGGACAACAACACCAGGAAGUUGACCUCGGGACUGCGGCGGCCUUUUGGAGUGGCUGUGAUGGAUGUGACAGAUAUAAUAAAUGGAAAAGUAGAUGAUGAAGACAAACAACAUUUCAUUCCCUUUCAACCGGUGGCAGGGGAGAAUGACUUCCUUCAAACCGUUAUAAACAAAGUGAUCGCUGCAAAAGAAGUCAACCACAAGGGGCAGGGUUUAUGGGUAACAUUGAAAUUGCUUCCUGGAGAUAUCCAUCAGAUUCGAAAAGAGUUUCCUCACUUGGUGGACAGGACCACAGCCGUAGCCCGGAAGACAGGCUUCCCUGAGAUCAUCAUGCCUGGUGAUGUUCGAAACGAUAUCUACGUAACAUUAGUUCAAGGAGAUUUUGACAAAGGGAGCAAAACAACGGCCAAGAAUGUAGAGGUUACGGUGUCUGUUUAUGAUGAAGAUGGAAAACGAUUGGAGCAUGUGAUUUUCCCGGGCGCUGGUGAUGAAGCUAUUUCAGAGUACAAAUCCGUGAUUUACUACCAAGUGAAGCAGCCCCGCUGGUUUGAGACCGUUAAGGUGGCCAUUCCCAUUGAAGAUGUCAACCGCAGUCACCUUCGGUUUACCUUCCGACACAGGUCAUCACAGGACUCUAAGGACAAAUCUGAGAAAAUAUUUGCUCUUGCGUUUGUGAAGCUGAUGCGAUAUGAUGGGACCACCCUGAGGGACGGGGAGCACGAUCUUAUCGUCUAUAAGGCUGAAGCAAAAAAGCUGGAAGACGCCUCGACGUACUUGAGUCUGCCCUCCACCAAAGCCGAGUUAGAGGAGAAGGGGCACUCAGCCACGGGCAAGGGCAUGCAGAGCCUCGGAAGCUGUACCAUCAGCAAAGAUUCCUUCCAGAUUUCAACCCUGGUGUGCUCCACGAAGCUCACUCAGAACGUGGACCUUCUGGGGCUCUUGAAGUGGCGUUCUAACACCAACCUGCUGCAGCAGAACCUGAGGCAGCUGAUGAAGGUUGAUGGCGGCGAAGUGGUUAAGUUCCUCCAGGACACCUUGGAUGCGCUCUUCAACAUCAUGAUGGAGAACUCAGAGAGCGAGACUUUUGACACACUAGUAUUUGAUGCUCUGGUAUUUAUCAUUGGACUGAUUGCUGAUAGGAAAUUUCAACAUUUUAAUCCUGUUUUGGAAACCUACAUUAAGAAACAUUUCAGUGCAACAUUAGCUUACACGAAGCUGACAAAAGUGUUAAGGAAUUAUGUGGACAAUGCCGAGAAGCCGGGCAUAAAUGAGCAGCUGUACAAGGCGAUGAAAGCGCUGGAAUACAUCUUCAAGUUCAUUGUGCGCUCCCGGAUACUGUUCAAUCAAUUGUAUGAAGACAAAGGAGAGGCCGACUUCAUGGAGUCCCUGCUGCAGCUGUUCCGGUCCAUCAACGACAUGAUGAGCAGUCUGUCAGAUCAGACAGUCAGAGUGAAGGGGGCAGCGCUGAAGUACUUGCCAACGAUUGUCAAUGACGUGAAGUUGGUAUUUGAUCCCAAAGAGCUCAGCAAAAUGUUUACUGAAUUCAUCCUCAAUGUUCCCCUGGGCUUGCUGACCAUUCAGAAGCUGUAUUGCUUGAUUGAAAUCAUUCACAGUGAUCUCUUCAUACAGCAUGACUGCCGGGAGAUACUGCUUCCCAUGAUGACGGAUCAGCUCAAGUACCAUCUGGAGAGGCAGGAAGAUCUGGAGGCCUGCUGCCAGCUGCUGAGCAACAUCCUGGAGGUGCUGUACCGGAAGGACGUGGGGCCUACACAGCGGCACGUGCAGAUCAUCAUGGAGAAACUUCUCCGGACAGUAAACCGAACCGUCAUCUCCCUGGGGCGGGAUUCCGAGCUCAUCGGCAACUUCGUUGCUUGUAUGACAGCGAUUCUACGGCAAAUGGAAGAUUAUCAUUACGCCCAUUUGAUCAAGACUUUUGGGAAAAUGAGGACAGACGUCGUGGAUUUCCUGAUGGAAACAUUCAUCAUGUUUAAGAAUCUCAUUGGGAAGAAUGUCUACCCUUUCGACUGGGUUAUAAUGAACAUGAUGCAGAAUAAAGUCUUCCUGCGAGCAAUUAAUCAGUAUGCAGAUAUGCUGAACAAAAAGUUUCUGGAUCAAGCCAACUUUGAGCUACAGCUGUGGAACAACUACUUUCACCUGGCCGUAGCUUUCCUUACCCAAGAGUCCUUGCAACUGGAGAAUUUUUCAAGUGCAAAGCGAGCCAAAAUCCUGAACAAGUAUGGCGAUAUGAGGAGACAGAUUGGUUUUGAAAUCAGAGACAUGUGGUACAACCUGGGUCAACACAAGAUAAAGUUCAUUCCAGAAAUGGUCGGCCCAAUAUUGGAAAUGACGCUGAUUCCCGAGACGGAACUGCGCAAGGCCACAAUCCCCAUCUUCUUCGAUAUGAUGCAAUGUGAAUUCCAUUCGACCCGAAGCUUCCAAAUGUUUGAAAAUGAGAUCAUCACCAAACUGGAUCAUGAAGUGGAAGGAGGCAGAGGAGAUGAACAGUACAAAGUGUUAUUUGAUAAAAUCCUCUUGGAGCACUGCAGGAAGCAUAAAUACCUCGCCAAAACAGGAGAAACUUUUGUAAAACUCGUUGUGCGUCUGAUGGAAAGACUUUUAGAUUAUAGAACCAUUAUGCAUGACGAAAACAAAGAAAAUCGGAUGAGCUGUACCGUCAACGUGCUGAAUUUCUACAAAGAAAUUGAAAGAGAAGAAAUGUAUAUAAGGUAUUUGUACAAGUUGUGUGACCUACACAAAGAGUGUGACAACUACACGGAAGCGGCUUACACCUUGCUUCUCCAUGCAAAGCUUCUUAAGUGGUCGGAGGACGUGUGCGCUGCCCACCUGACCCAGCGGGAUGGCUACCAGGCGACCACGCAGGGACAGCUGAAGGAGCUGCUGUACCAGGAGAUCAUCCACUACUUCGACAAAGGCAAGAUGUGGGAGGAGGCCAUCGCCUUGGGCAAGGAGCUUGCUGAGCAGUAUGAAAACGAAAUGUUUGACUAUGAACAGCUCAGUGAACUGCUGAAAAAACAGGCGCAAUUUUAUGAAAACAUUGUCAAAGUGAUACGACCCAAGCCUGACUAUUUUGCCGUCGGCUACUACGGACAAGGACUGCCUACAUUCCUUCGGGGGAAAGUUUUCAUUUACCGAGGGAAGGAGUAUGAACGCCGGGAAGAUUUCGAAGCUCGGCUGUUAACUCAGUUCCCAAACGCUGAGAAAAUGAAGACAACGUCCCCACCAGGCGACGAAGUUAAAAACUCUCCCGGCCAGUACAUUCAGUGCUUCACAGUAAAACCCAAACUCGAUUUGCCCCCUAAAUUUCACAGGCCGGUUUCAGAGCAAAUUGUCAGUUUUUACAGGGUGAACGAGGUGCAGCGAUUUGAAUAUUCUCGGCCGAUCCGGAAAGGAGAGAAAAACCCAGACAAUGAAUUUGCGAAUAUGUGGAUUGAAAGAACCAUAUAUACGACUGCAUAUAAACUGCCGGGGAUUUUAAGGUGGUUCGAGGUCAAGUCCGUUUUCAUGGUGGAAAUCAGCCCCCUGGAGAACGCCAUCGAGACGAUGCAGCUGACCAACGACAAGAUCCACAGCAUGGUGCAGCAGCACCUGGACGACCCCAGCCUACCCAUCAACCCGCUCUCCAUGCUCCUGAACGGCAUCGUGGACCCCGCCGUCAUGGGCGGCUUCGCCAACUACGAAAAGGCCUUCUUCACGGAGCGCUACCUGCAGGAGCACCCAGAGAGCCACGAGAAGAUCGAGAAGCUCAAGGACCUGAUUGCCUGGCAGAUUCCAUUUUUGGCGGAAGGGAUCCGGAUUCAUGGUGACAAGGUCACGGAAGCACUGAGGCCAUUUCAUGAGAGAAUGGAAGCCUGCUUCAAACAGCUGAAGGAAAAAGUGGAAAAGCAAUAUGGCGUCCGGACCAUGCCUUCAAGUCUGGACGACAGAAGAGGCAGCCGACCCCGGUCCAUGGUCCGCUCCUUCACGAUGCCCUCGUCCUCCCGGCCCCUGUCGGUGACCUCCGUCUCCUCCUUGUCGUCGGACAGCACUCCUUCCAGGCCGGGCUCUGACGGGUUUGUUCUGGAGCCUCUCCUGCCAAAGAAAAUGCACUCCCGGUCCCAGGACAAGCUGGACAAGGAUGACGCAGACAAGGACAAAAAAGAUAAGAAGAAAGAAAAAAGGAAUAGCAAACACCAAGAGACAUUUGACAAGGAGUUCAAGCCAGCCGACACCUCCCUGCAGCAGUCCGAGGCUGUGAUUCUGUCAGAAACGAUCAGCCCCCUGCGGCCCCAGAGACCCAAAAGCCAGGUCAUCAACGCCAUUGGAGGCGAGCGGCGCUUCUCGGUGUCUCCCUCUUCACCGACCUCGCAGCAGAUGCCCCCUCCCGUCACGCCGAGGGCCAAGCUGAGCUUCAGCCUGCAGUCCAGUUUGGAGCUGAACGGAAUGACUGGCAUGGAAGUGGCCAGUGUCCCUCCCCCUCUGCCUCUCAAAGGCAGCACGGCGGAUUAUGGGAACGUAAUGGAAAACCAGGACUUGGUGGGCUCGCCGACGCCCCCGCCCCCUCCUCCACAUCAGAGGCAUCAGCCACCUCCACUGCCCAGCAAAACCCCUCCACCUCCACCCCCAAAGACAACUCGCAAGCAGACGUCGGUGGACUCUGGGAUCGUGCAGUGA